GGCCAGUCCAAGUGCCUGGAAAGAAAGGGAAAUUAACGUGUUCUUAUCUCUAAUCGUUUGUAGCAGGCGUUUCGGCCGCGGAACAGGAGGGUCGGAGGACUGGGAGUGAUCGCUACCCGGGAGAGGCUGACUGCCAGGACCGGAGUUCCCAGGGACGCCGUGCCCCCACUUGCCCGGCGUGCGGGAUCGGGAAAGUGCCUGGACCUGCGCGGGGGCCGAGGGACGACGCCCCGCCUUCUCCCCGGAGGAGAACCCCCAAACCUCGCUCCCUUCACCACCGCCCCUAAAAAAGCGGGGGGCUACAGGAGAAGAGCCCCGGAGGUGGAUGUUACUGGGCUGCGCGGCGCACGCGAGCUGUGAGAGGUCUGCGCCUGGCCGCGCCGAGUCUCCAGAGGAUUGUCCCCCGCAGCCGGAAGGGGGCCGCGGGGAGCGCUCCUGCCCAGCGGCAGAGGCCGCGGGCCGACCAGCCGCAGCUCGGGCCAUGCCUCCCCGUCCUCCCCGCCGCGGUUGAUGCGGCGAGGGCACGCAGUCGCCCGCACCGGGACCCAGGCCGGGUUGCACUGCUUGGCCGCCCGCCCCCGCUUCGGCCUAGGAUUUCAGAUGCAUGCCAGGUUUCCAUUGAUUGCCAGAAAUCAAGAUCACUACACAUGGAUCCCCAAAAUCAGCAUGGCAGUGGCAGUUCAUUAGUUGUGAUCCAGCAGCCUGCAUUGGAUAACCGUCAGAGGCUAGACUAUGAGAGAGAGAUUCAGCCUGCUGCUAUUUUGUCCUUAGACCAGAUCAAGGCCAUCAGAGGCAGCAAUGAAUACACAGAAGGGCCAUCCGUGGUGAAAAGACCUGCUCCUCGAACCGCACCAAGACAAGAAAAGCAUGAGAGGACUCACGAAAUCAUACCGAUUAAUGUGAAUAACAACUAUGAGCAUAGACCUACCAGCCACCUGGGACAUGCAGGACUCUCAAAUAACACCAGAGGCCCCAUACUGAGCAGAUCAACCAGCACUGGAAGCGCAGCCAGUUCUGGGAGCAACAGCAGUGCCUCUUCCGAGCAGGGGCUGUUAGGAAGGUCCCCGCCAACCAGGCCCAUCCCUGGUCACAGGUCUGAAAGGGCAAUCCGGACCCAGCCCAAGCAACUGAUUGUGGAUGACUUAAAGGGUUCCUUGAAAGAGGACCUGACGCAGCACAAGUUCAUUUGUGAACAGUGUGGGAAGUGCAAGUGUGGGGAAUGCACAGCUCCCAGGACCCUGCCGUCCUGUCUGGCCUGUAACCGGCAGUGCCUUUGCUCGGCCGAGAGCAUGGUGGAAUACGGAACCUGCAUGUGCUUGGUCAAGGGCAUCUUCUACCACUGUUCCAAUGACGAUGAAGGGGAUUCCUACUCGGAUAAUCCAUGCUCCUGUUCACAGUCACAGUGCUGCUCUAGGUACCUGUGUAUGGGAGCCAUGUCUCUGUUUUUGCCUUGCUUACUUUGUUAUCCUCCUGCCAAGGGAUGCCUGAAGCUGUGCAAGGGGUGUUAUGACUGGAUCCAUCGCCCAGGGUGCAGAUGUAAGAACUCCAACACGGUCUAUUGUAAGCUGGAGAGCUGCCCCUCCCGGGGUCUGGGUAAACCAUCCUGAUUUUUGGAGGUGGGUUGGACCUCCUGAACUUCUCUUGCUUUCAAGCUGUGGCUGUUAAAAAAGAUGCUGUCAGAUACUGGUUUUAUUUUCUUUGCAGUUUUCCCCUGUUUCCCACCUUUCUCCCCUUCUUUCCAAGGUUUGGCUCAUGGAUUGUACUCUUCUCUAAUGGAUGGUCUUCGGUAAGAGUGGACUGUGAAAUGCGUCUGGCUCCCCCUUAUGACAAGAGCCUCUGCCAUCCACUCGAGAGGGUAUUGAGAGCCAGUGGGCUUUUGUGUAGCCUUUUUGUUCUGCAAGCAACUUUCCAAAGUUGUACACGUGAACAUAUCCACACAUGUACACCCAGACUACAGUGAUUUAGAGCUGUAUUUGAUUGGGUACUCUGGGAACAGGGAAAUUGGUAUUUAAAGAAGCAGCCGUUUAAUUGCUUAAAUAAGCUAUAUAUUAAAUCUGUCUCCAAUUAGGGCUAUCUUCAUAGCAUUGGACACUUAAGUAGCAUGGGAGAUCUGUUUUUGUUACAAGGUUAACAUUUUCCUUUAACCACUGCCCUCUCCUCUCUCCUCAACCUUCUAUCCCCUCAGUUUUGGCCUUAUCUUAUUUUAGAGAUGCCAGGUUUUUUGUUUUUUUUCUGUGUAAUUUUAGGUCUGCUUUACAAUGUAAGUCUUCACAUUGGAGAUAUAUUGGUUGUAUCUUGCUCAUCCUUAUUCAAGCUUUCAUAUUUGUGAAGGACUCGACUCCCUCCCUUCUGUACUCUUUGCUUUUCACCAAAUUACUCUUGUCAUUGAGGGCACUUGGAUAACUGAAGUUGAUAUUUAUAUCUGAUCAAUCUAUACAUGUCACAGAACUAUGCUGCCUGAAGUGAUCUUGGCUCCUUAAUGGUUUUUCGCCACUUGGUUAGUUAACAGCUGGAUAGUUCUAAUCUUUUCUGUUUCAUUGCCUUAACCACAAAUUGUGGUGCUUUUUGUAUAUUUUAUGUAUAAAUCACAAAGUUGAAUUCUGACUAUUUUUAAGACAAAAGUCUGUUAAACUUUUUUAUUGUAAAGAAUAUUUAUUAUGCGAAUCUCUAUUAUUUUAUGAUAUUUAUUGCAAAAGACUGUUGAAAUGUACUCAUGUCUGAAUAUAACAAAAUAUCAAUACGUAACGGAAAAUAAGGUGACACGAAGAAAGUACAUAUGUUAACUAUAAUGCAGAAAAUAUAUUAAUUAAUGAAA